AUGGAGGAAGAAGUCGCAGCUCUCGUCAUUGACAAUGGUUCCGGAAUGUGCAAGGCCGGUUUCGCCGGUGAUGAUGCUCCCAGAGCUGUGUUCCCAUCCAUUGUUGGUCGUCCUCGUCACCAUGGUAUCAUGAUUGGUAUGGGUCAAAAAGACUCCUACGUUGGUGAUGAAGCACAGUCCAAGCGUGGUAUUCUCACCCUGAGAUAUCCCAUUGAGCACGGUGUUGUUACCAACUGGGACGAUAUGGAGAAGAUCUGGCAUCACACUUUCUACAACGAGCUGCGUGUAGCCCCCGAGGAGCACCCAGUUCUUCUUACCGAGGCCCCAAUCAACCCCAAGUCGAACAGAGAGAAGAUGACCCAGAUUGUUUUCGAGACUUUUAACGCACCAGCCUUCUACGUCUCCAUUCAAGCCGUUCUCUCCCUCUACGCUUCCGGACGUACCACCGGUAUCGUUCUUGAUUCCGGUGAUGGAGUUACUCACGUCGUCCCCAUCUACGAGGGUUUCUCUCUUCCUCACGCCAUUGCUCGUGUUGAUAUGGCUGGUCGCGAUUUGACCGAUUACCUGAUGAAGAUCUUGGCCGAGCGUGGUUACACUUUCUCCACCACUGCCGAGCGAGAAAUCGUUCGUGACAUCAAGGAGAAACUCUGCUACGUCGCCCUUGACUUUGAGCAAGAAAUCCAAACCGCCAGCCAGUCCUCCAGCUUGGAGAAGUCCUACGAGCUUCCUGAUGGACAAGUCAUCACCAUUGGUAACGAGCGUUUCCGUGCUCCUGAGGCGCUCUUCCAGCCAUCUGUCUUGGGUCUUGAGUCUGGUGGUAUCCACGUCACAACCUUCAACUCCAUUAUGAAGUGUGACGUUGAUGUCCGUAAGGAUCUCUAUGGUAACAUCGUCAUGUCUGGUGGAACCACUAUGUACCCAGGUAUCUCCGACCGUAUGCAAAAGGAAAUCACCGCUCUUGCACCAUCCUCCAUGAAGGUCAAGAUUAUCGCACCACCCGAGCGAAAGUACUCCGUCUGGAUCGGUGGUUCUAUUCUCGCCUCCCUAUCUACCUUCCAGCAAAUGUGGAUCUCGAAGCAAGAGUACGACGAGAGCGGACCUUCCAUCGUCCACCGCAAGUGCUUCUAA